GGGCGGGGUCACGCAAAUCAGGCGGGGUGGGCGUGGUUUAGUGACGUAGCGCCGGGGGCGGGGCAUGCAGCGGGAGCCGUGGCGCGCGCCAUGGGGCAGGAGCCCGACCUGUACCGGGACACGUGGGUCCGAUACCUGGGUUACGCCAACGAGGUGGGCGAGUCCUUCCGCCCGCUGGUGCCAGUGCCGGUGGUGUGGGCCAGCUACGGUGUGGCCACCGCCUACGUGACCGCCGACGCCAUCGACAAGGGUCGCAAAGCCGCCGCCGUGAGUGCCACCCCCCUCACCCCCGGCCUCUCCAUCCCUGCCCUUCCACUGACCCUCGUGUCCCCCCAGGCCCACGCGCAGGACCCCACACGCGUGGGGGUGGCCGUGGUGGACACCUUCGUGUGGCAGAGCCUGGCCUCGGUGGCCAUCCCCGGCUUCACCAUCAACCGGCUCUGCGCCGCCUCACUGGCCCUGCUGGGCUCCCUGACCCGCUGGCCCCUGCCCGUGCGCCGCUGGACCACCACUGCCCUGGGGCUGGCUGCCAUCCCCCUCAUCAUCACCCCCAUCGACAGGACCGUGGAUUUCCUGAUGGAUUCCAGCCUCCGCAAGCUUUACAGGACACCAGGAGAGCCCCCGACAUCCCACUGAGCACCGCCCCGCGCACUCUGGGGAAACUGAGGCAUGCUGCUGUGACCCACGUACUGUGACCCCUCACUCUGGUGACCUCCAGAGUGGCCACCCUGCCCCACACUGGUCCUAAUAAACCAUUUCAAACAUGA